AUGGGGAAGGAUCUGCCCUUCCCCCAAGCUUUGAAUUCAUGGUUACAUUUUACUUCAUAUGAGUUUGAAUUUGAUCAAUGUGCUAAUGUUUUUGAAUCUCACAUUGUUAGGGAAAUUAAGCAAGUGGUGGAGUCACUGAACUUGAUGAUGCUACAACAUUCAAACAUUUUCAUAGAACAAGAUUUUCUGCUUCUGAUUCAGAUUCUUGUUCUUGUUCUUCUUCUCUUCCCUCAAACUACAAUAUCUGAUCUACAUUCAGAAAAGCAAGCACUCCUUGAUUUUGCAUCAGCAUUUCACCAUGGCAAAAAGGUGAAUUGGAACAUGAACACUUCAGUGUGCAAUUCAUGGAAUGGAGUUACCUGCAAUCCCAAGGGCACAAAUGUAAUUUCACUGAGGCUACCAGGUGUUGGUUUGAGAGGUUCUCUGCCACCAAACACAAUUGGCAAGCUCAAUGGUCUCACAAGUCUUAGUCUAAGGUCUAACACAUUGAGUGGCAAAAUCCCAAAUGACAUUCUUGCCCUUCAUGCCCUAAGGUUUCUAUAUCUUCAACAUAACAAUUUCUCAGGUGAAUUUCCAAAUUUUCUUCCACCUAAGCUUGUGCUUCUUGAUUUGUCACAUAACUCUUUCACAGGACAAAUUUCAGACUCAAUCCAAAAUUUGACUAAUCUAACUGGUUUGUUCCUCAAGAACAAUUCACUUAUAGGGCCUAUUCCUAAUGUAACCCUUCCUAGCCUUAAGGAUUUGGAUUUGAGCUUUAACAACCUUAAUGGUUCAAUUCCUUUAGCAUUUCAUAGGUUUCAAUCUUCAUCAUUUGAUGGGAAUUUGAUGCUAUGUGGACCACCUUUGACAAAACAAUGUUCCUCAUCAAGUCCUCUUAGUAGUCCAAUGUUGUCUCCACUAAUAGUAUCUCAAAAUUCAAGUGAUGUUUCCAAGAAGAGGCCAAUUCUUGGGGUGGUGGUCGCUGCCGCCUUGGGAGGUUUCGGACUACUUUUUCUACUAGUUUUGAUGUUGGUGUUGUAUUUUCUUAAGAAGAGAGUUGGUGAACAAAACGAGGCACCAAAAGAAAGUAAACUUGGUGAGAAUCUUAGGGAGGAUUUUGGGAGUGGUGUGCAAGAACCUGAGAAGAACAAGUUGGUAUUUUUCGGAGGGUGUUCUUAUAACUUUGAUCUUGAGGAUUUGUUAAGAGCUUCAGCUGAAGUUCUUGGUAAGGGAAGUUGUGGAACAACUUAUAAGGCAAUCUUGGAAGAAGGGACAGUAGUUGUUGUUAAGAGGCUGAAGGAAGUUGCAAUUGGGAAGAGAGAAUUUGAACAGCAAAUGGAAACUGUGCAAAAGCUUGAUCAGCAUCCAAAUGUUGUUCCAUUUAGUGCUUACUAUUAUUCCAAGGAUGAGAAGCUAGUGGUUUAUGAUUACCUACCAUUUGGAAGCUUUUCCAAGUUAUUGCAUGGAACAAGGGAAACUGGAAGAACCCCACUAGAUUGGGACACCAGAUUGAAGAUAAUGCUUGGAGCUGCUAAGGGUGUUGCUCAUAUUCAUUCUGCAAGUGGAAGGAAAUUUGUCCAUGGCAAUAUAAAAUCAUGUAAUGUGCUACUCUUAGGUGAUCUACAAGGCUGCAUAUCGGAUUUCGGCUUAGCUCCUCUAGCGAGUUUCUCAGGCUCCUUUAGGAGUCCUGGAUAUCGAGCCCCCGAGGUUAUUGAGACCCAAAAAUCCACACAAAAAUCUGAUGUGUACAGCUUUGGGGUUCUCCUUCUCGAGAUGUUGACCGGAAAAACACCGAUUCAGUAUUCAGGACAUGAUGAUCCGGUUGAUCUUCCGAGGUGGGUUCAAUCUGUUGUUAGAGAGGAAUGGACUGCUGAAGUGUUUGAUCUUGAGCUAAUGAGGUAUCCAAAUAUUGAGGAAGAAUUGGUGCAAAUGCUGCAACUUUCAAUGGCAUGUGUUGCAAUGGUUCCUGACACACGACCCUCAAUGGAGGAAGUUGUAAGGGUUAUUGAAGAAAUAAUAGGAUCCUAUUCUGAGAACCAGACAUCAUUAUCAGACAAGUUCAAGGGAACUCAUGAUUUCAUUCCAUACUACUGAAUAUAUAAUGGUCACAUGGCAUCAUGUUUAGGAAGUUUGCAUAAAUUACCUAGAUACUUUCCUAAUGCUUAUAGCAACAAAUGAACUAAAAAAACAAUA